AUGUUAUUGUCGAUAUUGGUUUUACUUUCAUCCCUUACUUUUUCAAUUGCCGCUGAAUUCAGCGCAACAAAAUUAAUUGAAGCUUUACAAAAAUGCUACAAAUCUGGAAAUAUACAUGACAAAUACAAUAUAACCAUUUUAGAGAAUUCCGAAACUACAACUGAAGGUCCUAGUGAGCAAGUUGUCCAUAUUGAACCUUGGGAAAUUAGGUCUUUUGAAGGUAAUGGAAAGGAUUCUGAAAUUAGAAAAUGUUUAUUGGAAAAUCUCGCACUUGUUCGUGCUGUUCUGUUGUCCCCGAAUUGGAUUUAUUUUGCUAAUUGUGUCCCUUCUGAUGAUGAAGAUUUGGAUAUUGGAGAAUAUGAUCCCUCACAUGAAGAGCCAUUUGGGUACAUAAGGCCCAAAAAUCUACAUUCUGGACUUUAUCAUAUAAAUUUUUGCCUAAAUUCAAUUCUGCGAUUUCACAAUGUUUUAUCGUUAUUAGAAAUAGGGCCAUAA